AUACGGAAAGUAGACGUCGUCUGGAACGCUUGAAAACUCCUCAUCGACCAUCAGAACGACCUAGAUUCUCUCGCCAUCGACUGUUCUUGUAUACUGUAUAAUAUUUAUACAAGUAUACAAUUCUACUAUACGUCGUAGAAAAAGCCAUAGUGUAUAUUUGAACCAUCGUGAACCGCUCACAAAAGGCGAACGGUACGUGCGCACUUCUUUGGAUGAUCUUACGCCGCCGCCGCCACUACGCCGAUCAUAUCGCAAUUUGCCGACUUACGCUACCAUAAGGCACCUCUUUAUUCUCGGCCAAAGUACUUCGACUCUUCUCUUUUUUAGCUCUUGCUUUGCUCUCCUCAUUUUUCUCUCGUUCUCUACUCUAUUGCAUUGCAAAAUAAAACUUUAAAGUUACUGAGAAAAACUUUGAAACGUGAAAUUCAACUUUACGCAGGAGCAAAAAUGCCAGCUGCAGCAACUGCGUCAUCUCCAAAUUUGGACUGCAACGCAAACGAAAGGGAGGAAAAGGAAGUUAGACGUUUAUCAGAUGAACUUCGUCAAUCAUACGGACCUCCUUCGUCCUGGGCGCAUCCAACAGCGAAAAUAGGACACGGCGCUUAUACGGGUUCAGCUGAGUGUGACGAACUAUUACGUAAUUUACUCCCUUGUCCUCGUGGCUCACAACUCGGAGUUUAA